UCAGUUAAACAAGGAAACCUGCGAAGUACGAAAGUUUUUCGGUUUGAAUGUGAAACAUAGCAAAUGGACACCAAUAGAGAAUAAAAUAGACGCCAUAGCCGUCUAGGCCUGCUUUAUUUUUUGAGUUUUAGUGUUAAAAUGUGCUCAAAUUUUCGCUGCUGAAGGUCCCAAACUAUGAGUUCGGUAUUGAAGCCAUCGUUAACAGCAUCGGUAACGCAGAAUUCUCCAGUACCUCCACAGUUGAACAAACCAAUGCAUCCUCAGCAAGGACCGCCUCAAUCUUACGGACAGCCGUCUAACCAUCACUCCGUAGUGUCACAUGGAAAUCCCGCUGCUGCUCACAACCACUCUGCUACACAUCAGUCCAACCAUUUCUCUUUGAACGUGCCCAAUUCUUUCAUAGGCAACAACCAGCCUAUUCCAGCUAGCAACCAUCCGGUCCCAAACAACCCCGCUCAGCCCACUCAACAGAUGUACAGCGGAGCCAAAAAUAUGUCAUACCAAGGUGGCUUCCAGACCAACCUCGCCCAUGCACAAAAUCAAUCUUCUAAUCAACUGCCCCCUGUAACACAAUCUCUACCAGCCACGAAUUCUCAAAUAACCCCCCACGUGACUGAAGAAUCUUCCGACAAGUCCCAUUCUAAUGGCACAAGUAUGGAAAAGUCCGAAUUGUCCCAGGAAAAUCACGUCACCACCCCCAAGGAGAUAUCGGCAACCCCCCUUUUACCAGGACAGUCGCCAUCACAAUCCAAGACACCAGAGAAGACUGCCGAGUCCCAAAAUCCUGCAGAACAGGAGAACUCAACUGAGACAGGUCAAAAUCUCCAAAAAACGUCCCUUUCGCCCGCCGUUGGUCAGUUGAAAACUGCAGAGACGGCGGAAAGUACUUCCGAUUCUACACCUAAAGAAAGUGCACAAAACUUGAGUGAAGUUUCUGUACAAAGUGAGAACAAGACUGAACAAGUCAACGAUGCGGAAAUUAAAGAGGAUGGUGAAGUUUCUAAUACUGAUGAAAAAACUGGAGAAGACAAAAAAGAGCCCUCAGUUGCAGAAUCGGAGAGUGCAAAUACGCCUAAUGACAGCGAGAAAGCUGUUUCGGAAAGUGUGGAAACAGAGGUGAAGGAGAAAUCAACCCCAAAACGUUCUGCCCCAAGGAAAACUUCCAGAGCUGUGAAGAGUGAAGAAGACUCCAAACCUACUAAAAGUGACCCUAAACCAAGUCCAUCACAAAAAUCACCUUCAACGAGUAAAAGUAAGAGGGCACGCAUAAGGACACAACCUUAUCAAAGUCCCUUACCAGAAUUAGAAAUUAUAUCAAAAAUAACAGCUUCUCAUAGGAACAAGACAAAUGAUGAAAAAUUAAUAGUAUUCUUCAAAAAUGAAUUUUUGGCUGUUAGAAACCCAGAAGGCAGUUUUUAUGUAUGCCAAGCGGUUCAAAAUAUUUACAAAUCCUCGGCGAAGAUAAGGAUUCGUUGGCUUUCACUCGACAAAAAUGAUAAAACAAAUCAGAUAUAUAUUCCCGACUUUUACGAUCAUACAGACUUUGAUUGUAUAUUGACAAAUCUGAAUUUGGAAAGGAUAGAAAAAGGUAAAUUCAGACUACCCCCCGCAGAAAAAGAGAGGACGGACAGUAUUCUGAAACGAUCUCUGGCAGCCGAAAAGGGAGAAGAAAUUCCUUCUCCAACAGUGAACGAAGAACAUCCUGAUGGCUUGGAUUUAUCUCUGUACAAAGAUGAAAACCAACUGAGUAAGAGGAGGGCGAGGAAAAGGAAAGCAGCAUCACCGUUGAAAUCGACCAGAAACAGCAGUCGGAGUCCCAACAAACUGUCACCUGAAAAAUCAAAAUUAGCAAAGAACACACCAAAAUCUACCAAAAAAGAGACGGUUAAAAAGGAGACUCCAGCUGCGGCUAAGAAGGUGGUGCCUUCUGUAACUCCAACUGUGAAAAAAACCGGUGGUAGUAGGACGGAUCGAGCCAAGAGGCGGAGCGAUGCGAUAAACAGUACAAAAGUCACACCAGUCAGUCCGAAAGUCGAUCAGAAGAAGGCGAAGGCGCUCGCUAAAGUAGCUAGGAAAAGUGUAGUGCAAACACCCAAAGUACAAACGCCUGUUAAAAAAGAAGUGAAAGAAACAAAAACCACAACCCCCGCUACAAAGGCGACAAAAACAACAGUAAAAGUAGCGACAUCGUCUAAGAAGAAAACGCCCAAGAGAUCAGCAGCAAAGAAAUAGUGCAGUAUAGGGUAAGAUUAAAUAGAAUAUGAAGAUUAUUUUGUUAUCACCUUAAAUGAUAAGUCCAAUAAGUAAAUUGUAUAGAAUAUUAUUUCCACUUUUUUUAUAUUGUUCACUGUACCUAGAAAUCAGACAUUAUUUAUUAGCAUACGCAAUGAUAUUGAAAAAUUGAUUAGCUAUUUUUCUUUGGUGGAAUAUUGCAGAGAUAAUAUUUAUCGAUUUAUAGGUAUACUAAGUAAGUAUUCACUAUUCAUAUCAAAAUGUUUGUGACAUCGAAACUAAACAUUUUUUUUUAAUGUAUUAUAUAUAUUCUCAUUCCUUAUAUUAUGAGUUAUAUAUUAAAAACUAUAUAUAAUUUUUCGCUUCGGUAAUUGUUGUAAAUUUAUGUAAAUUACUGAUAAAUACUACUUAUAUAUUAUAAUUUUAUUUUUUCUAAUUGUGUUUGGAAAAAUUGAAUUGAAUUUCAAUGUCACAAAUGUGGAUUUCUGAUCUUCUACUGUCCAGAAUUUUGACACAUUUUGCUACAUAAUGUUAAUAAUUAUCUUGAUCCAUUUUAAUUAUUUUUAAAAAUUUUAUGAAAUGAGCCUGAUAUUUGUCUAUAUGCAAAGUGAAAAUGUUUAGAUUGAGGAAUGUGCAACGUUUUGGUAGUCCUAACCUCACAAGUGAACUUUUCAUCUUGAAUAUUUGAUCGAUAAAGAUGUAAGCAUCGACUAAAAACUUUUAAGUGAAAAAAGAUUGAUUGGUGUUUCAAAUUGAUGUACUGUACAAAUCAGAAAAAAGUCUGUUAAACUAACUCUGUCCAUGAAAUGGUCUAUUAAAAUAUAUUGAAGAGUUAUAGGACUGGCUGAAAUAGAAAGUAUGGAAUAUUCUUUGUUGCACUUGAAAAAUUUAUAGUGAGGUUGUACACUAAACUUGUAUAAUAUUGGAAUAAAAACGUGCCAGGUAAGACAUUAUUUGAUGAUUCUCAUAAUAUAACCUUCAGGGAAAAUAUUUAAUUUUAUUUUCUUCUGUUGAGGAUCAUUCUGUUGUAUAUUGUAAUAUGUAAAUGAGAAAUGCAGUUGAAAUUCCAAGAAUAGUUCAGUCAAUAAUAUGCACAAAACCUUUUCCCGUUAUUCAAUUUGCUGAAUACGUUUCAGGAUUAGAUUUUGUCAAGUAUACCCAUCACAGCUGUUUCAUGAUAUGAAAUUAAAUCGAUACAUAAAAGUGGACUUUUUUUUAUUGUUGCGGAAUUGUAUUUUGAAACAGCUGCCACAUUUCGACCAAAUUCAUUAAGAAAAUUUAAUUAGAAAACUAUGAAUCUUGAAUUUCCGUUGAUUUAGAAAUAGAGUGUUAUCAUGUAUGUGUUGUGCUUAACAAUUUAGGAUUUAAGGAAAAUGUCGAAUGAAUGUUGCUGUAGUCCUGUGAAAAUUGUCGAAAUUCGAUCUGAACAGUUAGAUUUUACUUUUAUUGUAUAAUUUAUAACAGUAUAAAUGGAUUUUCAAUAAAAUGUAAAACACAA